AUGGACAAGAUCUCAAUCACCAUCUGCGGAGAUGGUGGAUGUGGUAAAUCCUCCAUCACCAUGCGGCUGGUCCGUAGUCAAUGGGUUCACGAAUAUGAUCCAACUAUCGAGGAUUCCUAUUCCGUCACCCGCAAUGUCGAUGGCCGCCCCUACGUCCUUGCCAUCACCGAUACCGCAGGCCAGGAGGAGUACCGGGGGCUAUGGUCUGCCAUGACAUUGAACUCGGACGCCUUCCUCCUAGUUUACGAUAUCACCAACCCCUCGAGUCUUGAAACGCUGGAUCAUUUCAUGGACAUGAUCAAUAUGGAGGCGGAGCAACGCGUCGAGGAAAACGAGCGACUGCGCCAGGAGUUGGGAAAGAAAUCCGGUGUACGAGAUAUCGGCCAGGUCGGUCUGCCACCGCCAGUGAAGAUCGUCGCGGGCAACAAAUGCGAUCUCAAGGAUAAUCGCGUGGUGACAUCCCGCGAUGGACUCGAGUAUGCACGCAAGCAUGGCUGUGGAUUUAUGGAGACCAGUGCUCGCGAGACAGUCAACAUUGAGGAGACCUUUGCCCAUUUAGUCCGUCGCGUUGUCGAAGCCCGCCAACUUCAUGGCCAACACGCUGCGCUUCCUCAGUGCGCCGAGUCCUCGCACAAUUCCCUGCCAACAACCACCGUAGACGCAAUUGCAGGCGAGACCCGAUCUCGUCGGAGUCGGGCAUGGGAGUUUAUCAAACACCGGAAGAUAACGGAACCAAAGGGCGAACAGGGUCAGGAACAGAGUGAAAUUCAGAAAACCGAAAAACAUAAGGUACCCCGUGAAAAGUGCUAUCGGGGGUGCUGUGUCUGUCAGCUCUGGUGCUUUCACUGCUCUUGUUGA